AUGGCGAAAUCUAUGGGCGAUAGACCAGUUUUUAAAAUAGUUGGACUCGUUUGGAUUUUUCUUGAAACGAGUCUACUCGCUGGAAAUAUAUUCGGAUUCGGAUCGCUAUUCAGUGUAUUGCCUGGAUAUGGUAUCUAUGAAUCUCGCUGUAAAACAAUUUCUGAGAAAGCCAUUUCAAAUGCAACAGCCACAAUAGCAAAAGAUUGCAAAGGACAAGUCGAUGAAUAUCAGUUUGCUUUUGCACUAGGCAUCGGUUUUUAUAAUUUGCCUGCAGUUCUUCUUGGCAUUGUUAUCGAUUUAUUCGGACCACGUACUCUUAAAUUAAUUGGAAUUGUUUUUCAUUUAAUCGGUUGGCUAUCAUUAGCAUUGAUAAGACCAGGUUAUGAUUGGCUACUUUCAUGCCAUACAAUAUUUACAUCCGUGGCUCAAAUGUGCGUUUUACUAUCCUCAUUUACUAUAUCAGGACAUUUUACCAAAACUCGAGGUUUAGUAUCAUCAUUAAUAAGUGGUGCUCAACUUAGCGGUGCGAUUUGGUAUGCUAUUUUCCAGCUACUGAUUGAAACAAAAUGGAUAUCUCUGUCGACAUUAUCAUUUAUGUGGGCUUCAUUUUCGAUCCUUAUGCUUGGCAGUUCAAUAUUUUUUCUUGAUUGGCGUUUUCAACUUUCUACUAAGUCAAAAGACACAAAGUCAACAGGCAACGAAGCUGUUGUUAUAAGCCGAUCGGAAGAUUCAUUAGUUCGACAUUUAACAAACCCAAUCUUUAUCGUGGUCACAUGUUUCCUUGGUUGUCUUCUUCUUACUGUAUCAUAUUUACCUGUAGUUUGGUUUCCAUGGGUAAUGUAUUUAACUGGAUUCAAUUUAAAAUUAGCCAAUCGUUUUACAUCUAUGUACAAUAUGAGUACCGUUCUGUCGAUAUUUAUUUCACCGAUAUUUGGAUUCAUGAUUGAUUACAAAGUCCAGCGAGGUUAUUCUCAACGAUUGCUCAAUGUUUCUGUGUUACAAACACUGACUUGGCUAGGUUCAAUCGCACUUUGUAUUGUUUGCAUGUUUCGAACUAUCGCUGCUCCUAUAGUUGCGAUAUGUAUUUUCGUCUUUUCACGUACCAUGCUUGUUACUGGAUGUCAAUCAGUUAUUACCACAAUGUUUCCACCACAAUAUAUCGGUACUCUUCUUGGCGUUAUGUGGACAGUAGUCGCUUUUAUAAGUUUUGCUACCUAUGGUUUAACACGACUUGCAACUAGUCCGUUACAUGUUUGGAGAGGAUGGUCAGUAAUUUUAUUAUUGUGUUUCGUGAUGGUUGGACAUGUAAUUCAACUUUGGAGUUUAUAUUUCAAGUCCAAAAAACAAGCAAAACAACAAGUAUCACUCAACGAAGAACAAACUCAAAGUCUUCAAUCCUCAACUGAUACUUAG